GUCAGUGCACAUCAGUGUGAGCGAGCGAGCUAUCUGUCUGUCACGAUGGUGGAAGCAUCGUCGCCAGCAGGCCGAGGAGUAUGGCGUGGGCAGCCUCUCACCGUCGGAAGAGAUGUCCCAGCCUUCGCCGUGAACGCAAAGGCUCCUCCCCCUCCGUACCGUAUGUUUGGCACCGACCUCCCCGUCGUCGUCGGCGCUGCAGCAUGCGGAGCAUCAACACCAGCCGCCGCUGGAGGUUUGCGCCCGACCGGCCGAGAGACUGCUGUGCUCCGAAGCCUUGCUCGCGAGGGAGGGUCCUGUAGACAUGAGUCGAGGCUCAGGAGGAGGAGGGUGAGGGCAAGGGGAGGGGAAACUCUUUGCAUGACGGCACAGCAGCAACAGGAACCUCAACAACGCAAUCGUGAGCGGCGGUGGCUAGUGCCAGCGGCGGCUGUGGGGGUCGUCGCAGGUGCUAGCGACUACAAACGAGUUGAGGCCCAGAUGUCUGCGUGCGAGGCAAGAGGCCAAUGGCGGGAAGCGAUGGAAAUCGUGGAGCGUUCGCGCAAAGUUACCGGUACGCCCACGCCCACGGUCUACAUUGCUCUGGUUCGGUUGCUGCUGCGAUGCGGGCAGGCAGAGGCCGCAGCUGAUGUGCUCAACACGGCUAUAGUGGACGAUAGAGCCAGGAGGAUUCCCGGCCAGGUGGGGCUGGACGUGAUGAAGCAGCUCGUCGCCGGGAAAUGCUUCAAGAGGGUGCUGGACGUCUACCGCAUGCUGCGCGUGCGUGGCUACAUCGGUCGGGGGAGGAAUAGCAGAGCGCGGUUGACGACCAUGGUUACCUGUUACGGGGCGCGGGCGGCCGAGGCGUUGAUCGCGUGGAGAGACGUGCAGGACAUUUAUCGCCUCUACCUGGCGGACAGGGAGGCCUCCGGGGGUGGAGAGGACUGGGAGGGUCUCGGCCGGAGCCUGCCGUGCGUCGUGUUUCGGACCCUGUACAAGGCUAAGCGCUACGAGGAGGCGCUGCCCUACCUAGAGGACGCGCUCGCCUCAAACAAGUUCUGCAACACCAUCCUGAUCAACAUGGGCAUCAACUGCUUGGGGAAGACGAAGCGGUGGGAAGAGGCGGUCGCUGUCUUCGAGCGCAUGCCGACGGAACUCGGCCACGAGCCGGACUCGAUGACUCACGGCCUGGUCAUCAACUCAUUGGCUGUGAGCGGACGGACAGAGGAAGCGAUCGAGCUAUUCGACAGCAUGUGCAAGUCCACCAACCCCAUCUUCAAGAGCAACCCGCCCGCCUUGACGGCAUGCCUCAACUCCGCCAUCAACGCCUGCGACAUCGCCGGGAGGUGGGAGGAUGCGUUGGAUGUGGCGCGUCGCGCGGAAAAGGCCGGUGUCAAGCCGGACAUGAUCAGCUACAGCACGCUGAUGAACACGCUGUGUCACGCGGGCGAGUGCCGGCGGGCGCUGGAGGUAUUCCGGAAGAUGAUCAAGAAGAAGCUGGAGCCAGGCCUGGUGUCUUGCAACUACGUGCUGACCUACUGCAGCAAGCACAAGGCGGGAAUGGUGGCGAUGGAGUUCCUCACGGUCAUGAAAAAGGCCAAGCUCAAGGUCACGGCGGUGUCGUACAACGCAGUCAUCGCUGCGCUUUUCCAAGAAGAACAAUAUCACCUAGUGCUCGAGAUGUUUCGGGAGAUGCAGCUGUUCGGCCUCUCCCCCGACGGCUUCGCGAUCAAGCACUGCCUCCAAGCGUGCGACAUCACCGAGGUCUACGACGCCGCCGGUGGCGUGGUGCGAGGGCUGUGGAAGACGGGCACUCCAGUGGACGAACGCGCCUACACAAUAGCCUUUAGCGUACUCGCCCGUGGGGCGUACAUCGGGGUGAUCGAGGACCUGAUGAACGACAUGGAGACAAGAGGCGAAACCCCCGGCGAGGGGUGCUACACGAGCCUCAUCACGGCUUACUGCAAGGCGGAACUGUACGAAGAGGCGCAGGAGCUCCUGUACCGUCUCAAGUCGGAGGGGAAGCCGAUCCGCACAGCGGCGUACACCUCCGUCAUCUCCUCUUGCAAGCAGAGAGGGGAAUGGGAGCGAGCGCAGGCACUGUUCGAGGAGAUGCAGCAGGCUCCUCCGGAGGAGAACAUCGCUCCGAAUCAGUUCACCUACAAUGCCCUGAUCAGCGUCUACACGUUCAGCGGCCGCCUGGACCUGGCCACCCAAAAGUUUACGGAGAUGGCUGAGGUUGGUCUCCAGUACGACAUUCGGACGUUCGUCAACAUGAUCCUUGGGUUCGCGAGAGAGGACAGGUACAAGGACGUGUUGGUGAUGUUCCAAGGCCUUGAGAGCCUCAUGUCGGCCAAUUCAAGAGACGGCGUCGUCGUGCAGCCCAGCAGCCAGACCGGCUAUCGCAACUGCUACCACGAGACCCUCAAGGGUUGCGAGGUCGAGGGUAACUGGCAAAUGGCCCGGCGGAUUCUCAAGUCCAUGCACCUCCAGUCCAUGGAUGUGGAUGUCGUGGCGUACGGAGCGGCCAUAGGCGCUUGCGGUCGGAAGGGCAGGUGGAAGGAGGCCCUCGAGAUUCUGAGGGAAAUGGAGGCCAGGGAUGACGUCUCGCCGAACGUGAUCUGCUUCAGCUCGGCGAUCACCGCCUGCGAGAAGGGCGGGGAGUGGCGGAAGGCUCUGCACCUGCUGCUCAAGAUGAUCAACUCGGGGAUUGAGCCGGACACCAUCGCCUACAACGCUUCUAUCAGCGCCAGUGCCAACUGCGGCGAGUGGCAGAUGGCGCUGAAGCUGUUCGACAGUCUCUUCAAGGCGGGCCUCAUCCCAGAUGCUAGGACGUACAGUGCGGUCAUGAUCGCGUGCUUCAAGGGGCACCAGUGGCAGAAGGCGAUGGAGCUGUUCCUGCGGAUGGUGAGCGAGGGCAAGCUGCCCAACAAGCAGACGAUCAACAUCCUCAUGGAGCUCCUGGACGAGGCGGGACAAUACUCCAAGGCUGUGUACAUCUACGAGUCCAUAUUCGCGAGGCAACAGGCGGAGAACUGGGACCCCGCGGACAAGGAUGCGGUGGACCUGCACGGCUACUCUCAGGCCGUGGCGAAGGCGGCUAUUCGAUCGGGACUGUCGAGAGUCCUGCAGAGAUACUUGGUGGCAGAGAAAGACCCUUCGGUGGUGGAGCAGUUCACGAUUAUCACCGGACGAGGGAGACACAGCCGGCAAGCCUUCGAGCCGGUGCUGAGGCCAGUGGCACAAGACAUGCUCCUGGAGGAGUUCGAACCUCCCUUGCCGACGCAUUUCGACCCCACCAACGACGGCCGCUUGCAGGUGCGAAAGGAGGACAUCCUUGCUUGGUGCUCGCGGGAGUCCGAAAAGGGCAGACGAGCACCCGCACCGGCCGAUGACGUGGGAUCUCUCAAGCUCCGCGGCGUGGCAGACCUAAAGCUGGCGUACGACAGGGCCGUCCACGAAGCAGCAGCAACGGCAACCCCGGGGGAUGAAGUGAAGGGCAAAGAGGCGGGGUGGUCUGGGGUUGGGUGGAGCCGAAACGCCAACGAGAGCGAGAUGGUGUGAUUGUUCGGUAGAUUGAGGUAUCUAGUGAGUGAAGAGAAGAGAGAGGAUUCGUGUUGUUUCGUUUUUAUUCCUUUUUUGGGGAUCGCAUUCUUGUUUUGCCCCUUUUUCUCCUUUGAAAUCUGGGAGUGUUAUUGAAGGGUAGAAUCGAGGGCGUCAGAAUAAUCGGGAGACGGGCGGUUCGGGUCGACCUCCAACAGAGAGGUAUGACGUGAUGGGCCGUUGAAGUUGAGCAAUAAUGUUGGCUUGCUCUUGCGGUGAGGUUUGGUAGACAGAGAGAGAGAACGGGUGGCGUGACCAUAGUACCUGAUGGAGGGCGAAUGCCACUUCUCUUCGCGUACGUACGUCGUCUGUGGCCAUCUCGACCAAGCUAUGUGCCAUCUAGACUAAGCCAUGUGUAACCGAUUGGAGAAGCAGAGCGCACAAAAAAGACUCUCGGCCGUAGAGUCCAGAACGCUUGUUUUUUCCACCGUAGUGGGGAGUACGCUGCCGUUGCUUUUCAUCUGGUCUCGCUCCCUUCUGUCUGUAGGCAAUGGCACGAGUGUCUCUGCGUAAGUCUUCGGUACUGCGGGCUUUUUCAUGGCCGGGAUCACAAAAGAAAACAAGUUUUCGUCUUAGUAAACCGUGUUUGCGAGGUACAGUACUAUUUUGCUGAAGCGUUGCUUUGGAGGACUGCAUCUUGCGGUCUACCUCCCAAUUCUGGCGACGUUCCAAGUGGCCUGAAGAGGUCGUGUCAACAUACUAACUUUUGAUCAUGCUCGGUUUGGUUCGGUCUCUUGUCUGCAACUUCACGAC